CACGCCCAAGCCUGUGUUUCCGGUUUUCGGCAUUUGACGACGAUGCGGCCAACAUCCGCUCGUCUGCUGAACAUUCUGGUGCCAGUCAAACGGGCCGUCGACUAUGCCGUCAAAAUCCGCGUAAACCCACAACAAACUGGGGUCGACCUCAAUGUUAAGCACUCUAUGAAUCCAUUUGAUGAGAUAGCGGUGGAGGAAGCGGUCCAGUUGCGCAAGCGACUGAAAGACGCGGUUCAGUCGAUAAAGGUUGUUACUAUAGGUCCUCCCAAGGCCUCCGAGACACUGAGGACUGCUCUCGCCAUGGGCGCGGAUUCUGCGAUCCACAUCGAAAUUCCCGAAGCUGACCCAGCUCCGGAACCACUUGGCGUUGCGCGGGCGUUGGCAAAACUCAUCGAGCGGGAAAAAGUGGAUCUAGUGAUCAUGGGAAAGCAAGCAAUCGACGACGAUGCAGGCCAAACUGGACAAAUGCUUGCUGGGCUGCUUGACUGGCCACAAGCAACCUUCGCAAGCAAGCUUGACGUCGACCCAGAAGCAAAAUCGGCCACUGUUCUUCGUGAAGUCGAUGGCGGUUCAGAGGAGAUAAAAUGUCGCCUUCCUUUGGUUGUAACGACGGAUUUGCGGCUCAAUGAACCGCACUACGCGACUCUUCCCAACAUCAUGAAGGCAAAGAAGAAGCCGCUUGAAAAGCUUACUCCGGCUGAUCUUUCUGUGGACCUCACUCCACGACUGGAGACAAUCAAAGUUACUGAGCCACCAGCACGGAUAGGGGGAGGCAAGGUUGCGAAUGUAGACGAGCUUGUUGCCAAGCUCAAGGAAGCUGGAUUCACUGCCGCUUAA